AUGUCACCCAAGAAAGUAGCAAUAAUCGGCGCCGGCCCCUCAGGCCUAGUCACAGCCAAAACACUUCUUCAUAAUUUUCCGAGCGGGACAUUCUCUCCAAUCAUCUUCGAGAGCCAGAACGAAGUCGGGGGUCUGUGGUCAAGUCACCAUCACUCUCCCAAUCAGAUCAAUGGCCCCCCGGUUACACUAGACCCUCGCAUGCGGACCAACCUCAGCCGCUUCUCAGUCGCUUUUUCAGAUCUGUCCUGGGAGUCGGUAAUCCUCGACGCGGAUAUUCCGAUUUUUCCUCAGGCGAGACAGGUUGGACAAUACCUGGCUUGUUAUGCAGAGCGGUAUGUUCCAGCCCAUGUGCUUAGGCUAGGGUGUAGAGUGAUAAGAACUAUACGGAGAAUUGAGGGUAGAGGUGACUUGAGGUGGAAUGUUCAGUGGGUUCAGGAGAGUGCGGAGGAAACUCCUGGAUUACUGGAUGGGGUAUCUUCUGAAGAUUUUGACCUGAUUAUCAUCGCCUCUGGAUACUUUUCCCAGCAGUAUAUUCCAAAUAUACCAGGCUUAGAGCAAUUCCAAGGCCGAAUCAUCCAUAGCUCUUCGCUCCAUUAUGAAAGAGAGCAGGCGCUCUCUAGUGAAUCCAAAUAUGUGAAUGGCCAGAUCGUCGUCAUCGGCGGCAGCAUGUCAGGCGUCGAAGCCGCAUCUGCUGUGGCUCUUCGCCAAUCUUCAUCUACACUUUCCACAAACAGAGUUCCACAUACUCAAGCGACAAAAGUGUAUCAUAUACAUUCAAGACCGUUCUGGGCUUUGCCGACGUAUCUCCCACACGAGUCUCCCGAUGGGAGUCCAUCUUUCUUACCGUUAGACUUGGCCAUGUACGACCUAGGCCGCCGACCCCCGGGUCCAAUAGACUACAUCCUCGGACCCAUCCCAGAAGAAAAAGCAGUCAAAACAAACAGUUACUUCCACACCUUGCUCGGCAGUGAUUAUGAGAAAUACGCGCACAUGGAUGCACCACAUGGUGCCGAGGAAUCCAGAACCCAGCCACCUUGGGUCGCCAUAGGUAAUGAUUACGCCGAGUUCGUCAGGUGUGGAGCGAUUCAGACAUCGAUGGGCCGGGUGACUGCCGUGACUUCUGAUCCAGAUACUAAACAAACUUCAGUUCAGUAUGAAGGGCCCGACGGGAAGACCAAGAAGAUAGACAAUGUGGCGGCGAUAGUCAUGGCCACCGGGUUCACGCCGUACAAGUCACUAUCAUUGCUACCGGAUGAAGUGUUGACGACGCUUGAAUAUUGCAAGACGGACCCCUUCUCACCGUUGAUUCUCGACAAGGGAGGCACCGUCCGCUCGGAGAUUCCCGAUGCCGGAUUCGUCGGAUUCUACCGCGGCCCGUACUGGGGCGUGAUGGAGAUGCAAGCGAGGUUCCUUGGUAAAUUAUGGAGUGAGGGGAACAAGGGUGCGCUCUGCGAAACAGACGACCAGAAGCAAAACCUUCGCAGUCUCAGAUCGGCACACCCGGAUCUAGCCCGUGGUCAGUUCCCCAUGGGCGACUACGUCGGAUUGAUGGAGUCGUUCGCCAAGGAUCUGGAGAUUAAUCGCUCAGCACUGCAAGCAGGCGACGGUCGCUCUGGGCCUGCUGUUCCUGCAAGGUAUCUUUAUGGCGAUACCCCAAGGCCAGAUACAGAGAGCGAGGCAGAGAGGACACUAGGUGCUUUGCGCGACGCUCUUCUCCCUAGCCACGAGGCAGCACAGAAGGCUGCAGCCUCGGCUAUCUUUCGUGCUCUGCAUGGGACCUGGAAGUCUUCUAAGCAUACAUCUUUUGGGACUCUAGGCUUUUACCCGCGGUAUCCGACUAGCCCGGCAUAUGAUAGGGAGUAUGUCUGUGUAGAGACACAUGGCUCGGCUGGAGAAAAUCCUGGGCAAGACAAUGUGCGGUUCAUCAUGCGCUUGGCGGAAGUGGGAUUUGAUAUUGCCACUUCCCGAAUUGAGAUAUGGUCGGCCUUAGCGGAUAGGCUGUCAGCGGAUCGACUUGUCCAGGUCUGGGAGUUGACGCCGCUCUGUCGGCAGAGGAAAGAGGAGCUGUCUAUUCCUGGGGAAUACGUGAUAUCCGCCAAGAGUGUCGAUUCGGGUUCUGGGGUCGAGUAUCUGUAUACCUUUCAUUUCAGGGGGGUUUCGGUCAUAUCCUGGGAAUGCGUCGAGGUGGACAAUUUGGAGGAUAAGGGUGUAAGAAGAGCAGAGAAUAGGGAGUUAACAUCCCAUUCCUACACAAGAGACUGA